AUCCGUAGAGCCGACCCACUGCGCGGCCGCAUUCCGCCCCGACUUCCCCUCUGCCAGCGGCCUGGUGGUGUGAGAUGAGUAGAAGAUGUCGGUGUCGGGGCUGAAGGCCGAAUUGAAGUUUUUGGAGUCAAUUUUUGACCCAAAUCACGAACGAUUCAGAAUAAUAGACUGGAAACCCGAUGAACUUAGUUGCCAAUUCAACGUCACAGGAGAGAAGCUGCUUAUCAUCCACUGCAACAUUACGGAAUCCUAUCCCUCCACACCCCCAAUAUGGUUUGUUGACUCUGAUGAUCCUAGUCUGGCUGAAGUGUUGGAGCGGUUAGAGGAUGUUAGAAAAGGCAGCACAUUGCUUCUUCAGCAGCUGAAGCGUCUAAUCUGCGAUCUAUGUCGGCUUUAUAACCUGCCACAACAUCCAGACGUAGAAAUGCUCGAUCAGCCUUUACCUGCUGGCCCAAUUACACAAGAGCGGAAGCACGGGCCUUCAGAUGAGGUGACAUCUGAAGAAGAGGAGGAGGAGGAAAUGGGAGAGCAGGACAUUGACCUGGACCAAGAUCUAGACCAUUAUGACAUGAAAGAAGAGGAGCCGGCAGAAGGAAAGAAGUCAGAAGAUGACGGCAUUGAGAAAGAAAAUCUGGCGAUUCUGGAGAAGAUUCGUAAAAACCAGAGACAAGAUCAUUUGAAUGGUGCAGUCUCUGGCUCUGUGCAAGCCUCAGACCGCCUAAUGAAGGAACUCAGGGAGAUCUACAGAUCACAGAGUUACAAGACAGGUAUUUAUUCAGUUGAACUAGUCAAUGACAGCCUGUAUGAAUGGCACGUCAAGUUACGAACGGUAGACCCAGAUAGUCCAUUACACAGUGACUUGCAGGUCUUAAAAGAAAAGGAGGGAGUGGAUUACAUUCUGCUAAAUUUCUCUUAUAAAGAUAAUUUUCCUUUUGACCCACCUUUUGUACGGGUAGUCUCACCUGUGCUCUCUGGAGGUUAUGUUCUAGGAGGAGGGGCCUUGUGUAUGGAGCUUCUCACAAAACAGGGCUGGAGCAGUGCCUAUUCCAUAGAAUCUGUCAUUAUGCAGAUAAAUGCAACUUUGGUGAAAGGAAAAGCCAGGGUGCAGUUUGGAGCCAAUAAGAAUCAGUACAAUCUUGCCAGAGCACAACAGUCAUACAAAUCCCUUGUGCAGAUUCAUGAAAAGAAUGGCUGGUACACACCACCCAAAGAGGACGGAUAAAGAGCUACAACCACUAUGCACUGGGAACAUGUCUUUGGGUCAAAGUAUCUUUUAUUUUAUUUUAUUUUUUAAAAUAUUUUCCCCUGUCUGAUUUACCGGGAAUAUAUCAUCUUUCUCGUGGAAACCAUCUUGUUGGCUCAUCUGACAAGUAUUCCUUUGCCUGGCUCUAGGAAAGACUUUAUUCUGGUUUCACAUUGUGUCUCCCCUCAGUGUUUAAAGGCGGAGGAUGAUGUGACGGUAUCACUAGUCCUGUUUUCUAAGUAUGCUCAUUUGUCUUUUUAAAAAAAAAACUUUUCUCUCUUAAAAUAUGGGGAAAUGCUUUUUCUUUAGCUGCUUUGACAAACUGGGCUUCAUAAACAGCCAGUUACUCCUGUUAAAAUGGGAAGUUUAAGAGAACAUUGAUACUGAAGCUUAAGAGGCACCUCACCGAACCUGUGUUUUUAUUAACUAUUUGUUUUCUAUUUUCCCUUUUUGGAAGUUAACUGGUACAAAAAUGCAAAUAUUGUUUUAGAAAUUUUAUUUGACAUUUUUUAAUUAUAUGAGCAGCCUAGACAAUGAAUGAGACAAUUUCAUGGUUUGGGCAUGUCUCUUUAAAUCAAUAUGACCCACCACUCAGUAUGUUUUGCUUCACACUGGGCCAAGCAGAAUCAAGUUGCUGCAUUGUUUUCAUCAUUUUUAGUAAACAAACCCACAUGGGGUUAAUGUUAACACAGGAUUAGGAAUAUUUCAGAAUCUGGAAAGGAAAAGAGUGUAGAACCAUUUUCACCAGAUGAGAAAAUAAGUGUUGUGGCAUCUGUUUGGAAGUUUCUAUCAGACUGGACGUUGAAGCUGAAAAGCUCCUUUGCCUUAUUUCUGUGAACUCCACGGCCCCACAAGUGCUCAGCUCAGCCUCGACCUUACUAUCGCAAAUGGCUGUAGAGAUCGAUGGCUAGUUUGAUCCUAAAAAUCAGAAUGGUGCCCUGUAUCUGCAGAGGUGUCCACACGUUGCACAGGGUCGUCGUCUCAGACACUGAUGCAACACAUUUACUCGAGUUGAAAAGUCUGGUUUGAUUCCAGUCUCUUAAAGCCUGGGAGAGCUUUAAACAAAGGCUGGUUGGAUAUGUGAACAGAUAUGUAUGUCACUUAAUCCUGACAUAUAUGAUUGUAAUGGUGUGCCCCACUGCUCAAGUUCUAUUUGAAACUUCCUCCCUGUUAUGUAAUGAUACACGCAACUGGAUUGACCCAUCUCUUUGGUUUUGGGUGUUCGCCAUCAGCAGUCCAUCAUUUGCAGAGCUUCCUUUGCCACCACAGUAAUACCUGUAUGAUGUACUUUAUGUACUUUAUACCUUUGACCAUGCAAUACAGUACACGAUCAGUACUGCUGUUCCCCAUUAUAACUACAGGACACACACUGUAUCUAUCAGUCUGUUGGUUCUUUUGCAGUUUAUUUAACACUGUCUGCAAAAGUAUGUUUGAAUGGCAACUCAGGUAACAAACAAUACUUAGGAGGGAAAUCUCUACUUGUACAUGUUGAGUUAUGGGUUAUAUUCUUUAGGUGAAAUCAUGCUCUGUACCUCUGACUCUUAGGAUUACUCACCCUCUGAUCUGAUGUCAACGCAAACUGAGCUUUACAUUAUUAUUGGUCGUGUUCCCUUGGAUUCAGCCAAUGGAAGAGAGGACACAGGAUCGCAGUAGCUUGAUGGUUGGCUCAUGAGUACCCACUGUAGUAUUUUGCCUUUUUCUUUUCUCUUCCGGAGAUGCAUUUUGUUUCAGUGUGUGAUCUUUAAAUAUUCCUGAUGAAAUGAUUUGCACAACUGGCAACAAAUGUGCCUGUAGAGGUCAACAACAAACACGUUCUGAAUUAAAUGUUCUCAGAUCAGGAAAAAAACAAACAAACACAAAAACACAUCUUUCUCAGCACACUGCUCCACAUCCUGUUGACAUACGUCUCAAACCCGAUGGGGGAGGAGCUAUCAGGUAUCGUUCACACAGAGCGUCCUCUCCACCGCAGAACAGUCGGACGAUUACCCUUUAGCCUCCUCCGAAUGCCAAACGUCUGGUCAGAGGGGAUACUGGGAGAUGAUUAGAGUUUGAUAGAUGUGCUGUGGUGAAUCUGUUUCUCAAACUGGACUGUGUUGAAGAGAUUUGUCUUUCUCAAUUGAAAACUCACAUUCUCAACACCAACUAAGCAGAUGGAAAAGUCUGGCACCGUUGGCUUGCUUUGGUUUUCUUUUAUUUUUCAUUUUCCAUUUGAAGAAAUUUUGACCUUGUACAGUAAUUUGUAAACUUGCAUCAAGUUUAUGAAUAAAGAAUUUUAAGAUUAUUGCCGUUU